CGAGUGAAUAUCUGCAGUGUAUCAGGCAGCGCAGGCAAAGGCAUGUGCACAAGUGCUUCCUUAUACACUGACCUGUCAGUGUUACAGCAAUGACACUCACUCUGUGAUGCUUCCAUGUGUCAACAACAGAGAAGAGAUGGACGACAUAGAUGCCAUGUUCAGUCACCUGCUCGGAGAGAUAGAUCAUCUCUCUCAGAGCCUAAACACUGCAGCCGACUCACCAGAAGUGGAUCUUGCAUCCCAGACGGAGAAGACCUUCUCCAUUGGCUUCACCGACCUGAAUGAGUCUCUUAAUGAAUUGGAGGACCAUGACCUGGAUGCUCUGGUGGCUGACCUGGCAUCAAAGUCAACCCCACAAGAACUCCCUACUUCAGAACAAAACAUCAGCGGUGCAGAUGAUCAGACUGCACCACCUGUCAUGACUCAGAAAUUUGAGGCAGUGGGUGCUCUUCCUCCACCACCAAACACAGCUGUAUCUUGCAGGGAGAUGCAAAGGAGUGAACCCCAAACAAAAGCAGAUAAGAUAAAACUAGCUCUAGAGAAACUGAAAGAAGCCAAGAUGAGGAAGCUGAUAGUAAAGGUGCUGAUGAGUGACGGCAGCUCCAAGACUCUGAUGGUGGAUGAGAGGCAAACGGUGCGGGAGGUUUUGGACACGCUGUUUGAGAAGACGCACUGUGACUGCAGCAUUGACUGGGGCCUGUGCGAGACCAACCCUGAGCUGCAGAUUGAGAGAGGCUUUGAGGAUCAUGAAUAUUUAGUGGAGCCGCUGUCUGCUUGGACUCGGCACAGUCAGAACAAACUCUAUUUCGUGUUAAGACCCCAAAAGUAUGUGAUGUUCACGGACCCUCAGCUAUUUUACUUGUGGAAAAAGAAGAAGGAAGCUUUGAGUGAGAUUAACCAGCAGGCUAAAGAUCUCCUAGUCAAGGAGAAUUUCGGGGGUUCAACUCUGAUUGUUCCUGACCUUGAGGGCACACUCUACCUCAAAGAAGAUGGGAAGAAGGUUUGGAAACCACGAUACUUCAUGCUCAGGGCCUCGGGCAUCUACUAUGUGCCCAAGGGAAAAUCGAAGUCUUCCACUGAUCUCGCCUGCUUCGUCCAUUUCGAAAAAGUCAGCAUCUAUACCACCAGCGACUACAAACAGAAGUACAGAGCUCCCACCAACUUCUGCUUCAUGCUAAAGCAUCCGUGCAUCCAGAAGGAGUCUCCCUACAUCAAACUGCUCUGCUGUGAGGACCAACACACGAUGUUGCUUUGGGUCAACUCCAUCAGAAUAGCCAAGUAUGGAGCUGCCCUGUAUAAGGACUACCAAGCAGCAGUGAGAAGAACAUCUUCUCUGAAAAUCCUUCAAUCUUCUGCAAACAAAGAUGAAUCCAGAGGUCACUCCCCUCAGAUCAGCCCACAGCUGGAUCCAUCUGCACCCAAAACCACAAACCACACUGAAGACUACCCAUAUGAGCCACCACCUGACUUCAUCCCCCCUCCACCUGAGCACGCAUCCUUCUGAGACUUCGCCUGCAGUACAUCCAAGAUUAAUAUCAGCAAGCCUGGAUUUAGCCAUUUCAGCCUAAUGUGAGGCUCCGGUAACACAUAAACACAAAGUAGUGGUGAGAUGUGAACGCGUGUUUGAAAAUGUAUUUAUUCACAAAUCUAUAUUUAUUCGUGGUU